AUGGCAAAAAACCUACACCUUCUGCCAAUAGCCAGUGAGGAACUGAGGCCUCCAAUCAAUAGCCAUGUGAGUGAACCAUUUUUGAAAUGGGUCCUCCGGCUCCAGUCGUCUUCAAAUAAUAGCAGCUCCAGCCCACAGCUUGACAGCUACUUUAGGAGAGGCAUAGCCAAAAUAGCUCAGUUAAAUCUCUUCCAGAUUCCUGACUUUCAGAAAUUUUGUGGUAAAAUUAAUAAUGAGCACCUUAUUAAAUAUUUAGCUGAGUGGUUUCCAACAAAACCAGACAUACAGACACCUAUCAUCAACAUUAGUGUUGGUGACAGUCUUUUUCUAUUGUCCACCACUGACAGCCCCACCUCGUACCACAACGAGGACGACGAGGAGGACGAUGAGGCCUACGACACCAUGGUGGAGGAGCAGUAUGGCCAGAUGUACAUCAAGGCCUCCGGCAGCUACGCAGUGCAAGAGAAGCCUGAGCCAGUACCCCUGGAGAGCCGCUCCUGUGUCCUCAUCCGCCGCGACCUCGUGGCCCUGCCUGCCAGCCUCAUCAGCCAGAUCGGAUACCGCUGCCACCCCAAGCUCUACUCGGAGGGGGACCCCAGCGAGAAGCUGGAGCUGGUGGCAGGCUCUGGGGUCUACAUCACACGUGGCCAGCUGAUGAACUGCCACCUCUGCGCGGGGGUGAAGCACAAGGUCUUGCUGCGGAAACUUCUGGCCACCUUCUUUGACAAGAACACGCUGGCCAACAGCUGCGGGACGGGCAUCCGCUCAUCCACCAGUGACCCCAGCCGGAAGCCACUGGACAGCCGGGUCCUGAACGCUGUGAAACUGUACUGUCAGAACUUCGCCCCCAGCUUCAAGGAGAGAGAGAUGAAUGUGAUCGCCGCGGACAUAUGUACCAACGCCCGCCGCGUUCGCAAGCGCUGGCUGCCCAAGAUCAAGUCCAUGCUGCCGGAGGGCGUGGAGAUGUACCGCACAGUCAUGGGCUCCUCGACCGCCGGCGCGCCCCUUGACCCUGAGUUCCCGCCCGCCACUGUGGCACAGGUGUUCGAGCAGCGCAUCUAUGCCGAGCGGCGGAGCGACGCCGCCACCAUCGUGGCUCUGAGAACUGAUGCCGUGAAUGUUGACCUGAGCGCCGCGGCCAACCCCGCCUUCGACGCCAGUGAGAAGGUGGACGGGGCCGGCUCGGUCAUUCAGGAGGUGGCUGCCCCCGAGCCGCUGCCCACUGGCGGCCAGAGUCCCCCGCAGCCCUUCGAGCAGGGCGGGGGCAGCCCCAGCAAGCCCCAGACGCCGGCGGCCGUGGCCCGGAGGCCGGAAGGCACCUAUACAGGGACUCUGUAAGCGUAGCUGGGUGGCUGCGCAAGGGACCGAGUACUAGAGCUGCUUGCGUGCGACACUAAUACAAACAAAUGUGAUCAAGCCAAAAAAAAAAAUGGUGGUACCAAAUGACAGUCUUACCAACACAAUAGAAAAAGAGCAAAGAUUUUUAAG